AUGGGAGUGCAGUAUGCUUAUCAUAAAUCCGUUGCCACAUUUCUCCGCGCCCUUGUUCGACCCAGACUUCAUAUUCACCCCAAACCAGAUGACACAGUAUUCGUCCCAUCUCGUGACGAAGGCCGAACCAUCAAAACCAACGUCUACGGGACAGCUGACGACAAACCAACUCCCGUUCUCAUCAACUUCUGCGGCAGCGGCUUUGUUCUUCGCACUUUCGGCAACGAUGACGAGUUUUGCCGGUACGUCGCAGACAAGACCGACUACACUGUAAUCGAUGUUCAGUACCGACUUGCGCCCGAGAAUAUAUUUCCAGCCGCCUUCAACGAUGCCGAGGACAUUGUGAAAUGGGUACAAUCGCAACCCGAUCGCUUUGAUGUUUCCUGCAUCUCACUUUCAGGAUUCAGCGCUGGAGCCAACAUUGCGCUCGCGGUGGCAUCAUCAUCGAAGCUUUUCGGGGGCGAGGAACAGCAGAGCAUAUUCAACACCGUUGUGUCUAUCUAUGGACCAACCGACAUGGCUCUACCGACUCCGGAAAAGCCGAUGGCGGAUCCCUCCAACUGGAUCAUGAGGACAAUCUUUCCAAAGUUCUCCCACACUUGUCAUAAACUACUAAACCCAGGCAGCGUUGAUCCAUACGAUCCCCGUAUCUCCCCUGGGUUUGCCGAUCCGCACAAUUUCCCGAACAAUGUAUUGUUUAUCACGGCGUCACAGUGUGCAUUUGCUGUGGAGGCGGAGAGAUUGUCAGAGCAAAUCAGUGGCAUAGAUGGAAAGGUCUCAUUGAGUCGUCGAAUGGACGGAUGCGCCCAUGGUUGGGAUAAGGAGGCUAUUCGUGGCUCAUCUCAGUGCAAAGCAAAGGAUGAGGCAUAUGCAUUGGCAGUGGCGACCUUGCAGAAAGGCCAAACAGCGGCCGCAAAAGCCAGGGAAGCGGUGGCUUGA